ACUUUACUAAGCUCAGGUAGUGGGACAGCAUAAUUUUGACCUAUUUGGAGUGAUCAUGGAUGGCACCUGGAUUUGACAUAGCAUGUUUCGUUUGGAGUUGUAGGGGGUUCUGAAAUGGAAAUUGAUGGACUAAGAUUUGACCUUUUCCCUUUCAAUUAUCUAAUUGGAAUUUCUUAUGGUGAAGUGCAUUCUUGAUUGAUCUUCCUCUACCUUUUUUUCAGUUUACAGAUGAGGAAAUUGAACGCUGCUAUGAAGAAUUUUAUGACGAUGUGCAUACUGAGUUUUUGAAGUACGGGGAAAUUGUUAAUUUCAAGGUCUCCUGCAUUUGGUGUGUAGAAAUGGCUCUUUCCACUUAAGGGGAAACCUUUACGUGCACUAUAAGUCGGUGGACUCAGCUGUGCUUGCUUAUAAUGCCAACAAUGGUCGUUUCUAUGCAGGGAAACAGGUAAUAUGUGAAUUUGUAAAUGUUACCAGAUGGAAGAUAGCUAUAUGUGGGGAAUUUAUGAAGACAAGGUACAAGACGUGUUCUCAUGGAACAGCUUGUAAUUUCAUUCAUUGUUUUCGAAAUCCUGGUGGGGACUACAAAUGGGCCGACAGUGACAAACCUCCUCCACGAUAUUGGUUGAAAAAAAUGGCUUUUCUGUUUGGUUAUUUAGAUGAAUCCGAGAAUGAAAAACAUACUGAGCUUGACCACUGGGACAAGUUCGGAAAAUCCAGCAAGUCAAUGUCAACAGAUGUCGACAGAUAUCGUUCAAGAAGAUCUAAAUCUAGAAGUCUGGACCAUGGGUCUAGAAGAAGUAACAACAGUGAAAAUGACUAUAAAUGGAUCAGGCACUCUCGUGGGGAAAAAGUUUAUGAGAAGCAGCAAAGUUUGGAUGAAGAAGAAUAUGAGAAGGCAAAAUAUGACCAACGGAGAAAAAACAGAUCUAAUGAUGCAGAUUCUGACGAAUCAGUGGAUAAGUUUGAGGAGAGAAGCAAAGAUAGAGAUCGUGGUAGGAGAUCAAGACAGCCUAGAAAACAGGAUAGCAAAUGGGGAACUGGUAUUCGAGAUGCAGAUCGUGAUGGCAAUAAGGACACAUCAAAUGAUACUGAUGAAGGCUGGUCAAGUGGUGAUGGGGACAAAGAUGGGCAUCAACACAAAAGAAGGAAAAGCAAUGGGCGUGUUUCUGGGACUUUUAAAUCCACAGAUGGUUCUCCAAGCAAGAGCGUAAUUAAGGAUUAUGAUACACGCCGAAUUUCUUCUUCUGAUAGAAACAAGGAGAGGCGUCUAACAUAUGGUGGGAAACCCAAGAAAGCAAGAAGUCCAAGUGCAGGAAAAUCGGGUAGUCAUUACUUUGAGUCAAGUUCUAGGGACUUGAACACUGAGGAUGGUUACAGCAUCGAUUCCUUACAUAAUGAUGUCCUAUCAGAUGACAGUUGGGAGGCAUCUAUUUCAGAUCGAUAUGUUGAGAGAUUCAAACCACUGGAUCUCGACAAAGAAUAUUGUAGCAACGAGCGAAUCGACAAGGAAAACCGAUGGGAUCCUGAAAGAAGUUACGAUGAAUUUGAGAAAUGUAGGGAGACUACAAGUGCUAUGUGCUGUGAAUCGGGAAGCCCUGUUUGCGAAGGUGAAAGAAGUAAAUCAGAUGUUCUAGAUACAGUGGACUGCCACGGUUACAAAGUUAACAAGCGAAAUCAUAGGGAACUCGAAAGUAGUAACUCAUAUAAACCCCGAAGGUCUCAAAAGAAAUCUUCUCGGCAUGAUGAUGAUCAGUAUUUCAGUGAUUUGAAAUCAGAGAAUACGAAUUCUGAUGGCUAUUAUCUUAGUAAACGUCCUAGGAGCACCAGUCAUUCUAGGACAAAGAAGCACAAACAUAGCUAAGAGAAGGAAACCACCAGGAAAAAUCCCAGACGAUCAAUUUGGAACUUUCAUAUCAUACAACUUAUGCUUACAAAGAAGUCAAUUUUAACCCGCACGAGGCUCAAAAAAGAAUUUAACUUGAAGUGCUAUGCAUAUUAUCUAUAUGCUUAUUGUAAAGAAGAGAACUUGCUUCUGCAUUUCCUUGAAAAGAAAUGAAAAAUUCUAGGGAUAUGUUCACUUUUGAAAUUUUAUUUUAAGGAAUGGUUGAUGCCAAUGACAUAGAAAAGGAUGACAUGAAGAGAAUGCGGAUUUGCUGCUAGGAACUUGAACCAACCUUUUGUUUGCCCCUUUCAUAUUGUCAAGUAUUUG